AUGUCCCUGGAGCAGCCGGUCUCGACGUCGCCGCCCGCCCCGCCGCCCCCGCUGAGCCGUGACAGUCCGGGCAUGGAGAGCGAUUACUGCUCGGAUUACGGUAGCCUCUCCUCCGGCACCGACCCCGAUUCCCAUCGGCACGGCCCGAUGCCGAUCAAGAGCGAGGAGCUGAGCGUCCUCGAGCAGCUGAUGAGCAGCCCCGGCAGUGAGUUUGGGUUCGUUUUGGACCGGAAUGGAACGAUUGAGAUGGUCCUGGGAAAGACGCAGGCAAUCUUUGGAAAUGUAAGUGUUAUCGCAUGAUUCUUUCGAAAAUUUAGUUGUGAUUUGCAUUGCCGUUCUAAAAGUGGCCUAAUUUUGCAAUUUCAAGUCUAAAUCUGGCGUUUUUUCAGUUUAAAAAGUUUUCGUGGUGGGACCCAAAAUUAUUUGGUUUUUCAAAAUAUGGGCUAAAAAGCUUGCCGGCAUUUCAAAUAAGUUCUAUUUUGGUCGUUUCAAAGUGAAUUCCGACCUUUUUCCAGUUUAAAAUGUUUUCGUGGUGGGACCCAAAAUUAUUUUGUUUUUGCAAAGAUGGGCUAAAAAUCUUGCAGGCAGUUCAAAUAAGGUCGAAUUUUUCCGUUUCAAAGUUAAUUUUGACCUUUUUUCAAUUUAAAACGUUUUCGUGGUGGGACCCAAAAUUUUUCAUUUUUAGCCUAUUUCUGUAUAAAAAAGUCAUUAGAGCUUUGAUGACAGUAAAAUCUUUCCAUAAUCAACCGUUUUUCAAUUCCAAUUGUUUUCGUGGUGGGACCAAACUUCAACUUUUUAGGUCCAAAUCGAAAACCAAAAGCUUCUAAAAUUCGUGGACUCAACGGAAUAUCAAAAAGUAUGUGGACUACUUCCCUCCGCCAAAAGUUGUAAGUUGUUUUUAGUAAUAUGUAAAAAAAGUUUUGUGGUGAAGUUCAAUUUUGGAAUUUCGAAUUUCAGCAUCGACCCGAAAAUCCUCCCAUUUGACGUUUUGUUGCGAAAAAGGCAAGGGAAAUCUGGAAAUGGAAAUCAUUUCCCAGUUGAUCAGCGCCAACCCCGACAAUCCUGAAAGUAAGCUCUUCGUCAUUAUUUUUGCACUGUGCGGUACCUUUGUUUGA